AUGAAAGAGAAAGAACGAGAGGAUAGAUGUUUACAUUACUUUAGUUCUGUGGAAAAGUUGGAUGUCCACAGCGUAGAUUGCCAGAAAAUGAACGAUUGCGCCAUCCAAUUACCUACUGAAGACGAGAAAUGGCUGAGCUUCCGCAACAUCAACAAUAAGGAGCGCGUGCCGUUUGUCGUCUAUGCCGACCUGGAGUGUACAUUGGAGAAGAUGGAGAAGGAGGAUAUGGAAAUAUCGUACCAACAGCAUCAUCAUCAAGUAUUUAGCUUGGGAUAUUAUGUACAUUGUUCGUACGAUGACACAUUAUCGGGAUAUUGGUUUUAUCGCGAUAAGGAUUGUAUCGCAUGGUUCACUAAACAACUAGAGAAAUUAGCGCAUCGCGUAAAAUCAAUUUUAUCUGCUAAGGUCCCCAUGGAAACUCUAUCGAAAGAGCAAUGGGAGGCAUAUCGUAACGCAAAGCAGUGUCAUAUUUGUGAUAAGCCGUUCGCACCGGAUGAUACACGAGUGCGAGAUCAUUGCCAUCUCACCGGUCGUUAUCGCGGUCCCGCGCAUUCGCUUUGUAACUUGUGUUAUCAAAAUGUGUUGUACAUACCAGUAAUUUUCCAUAAUUUAUCCGAAUACGAUUCACACUUCAUUAUUAGAGAAAUAGCCACAACAUUCAAAGGGAAUAUCGAUGUGCUUCCCGUUACAAAAGAAAAAUAUAUUUCUUUUACGAAGCAUGUCAUAGGUACCGCCGAUGAUUUAGACCCAAACAAUCACAUAAAAUUACGAUUCAUAGAUUCGUAUAAAUUUCUCAAUUCUGGUCUUGAAAAAUUGGCAUCAUUUCUCGGUAAAGAAAAACUAAAAAUUGUACGUAAGAAAUUUUCAAAUUUAUCUGACGAAGAAUUCGAUUUAUUGACUCGUAAAGGCAUAUUCCCAUACGAGUAUGUUGACUGUGUCGCAAAAUUGAAGGAAACGCGUUUGCCAUCGCGUGAAUUAUUCUUUAGUUCGUUGACGGGCGAUACCGUGUCCGAGAGUGAUUACGCGCACGCCAAGAACGUAUGGGAUCGAUUCUCUAUUCGAACGCUGGGCGAAUACAGUGAUUUGUAUUUGAAAACAGAUGUAUUGUUGUUAGCCGACGUUUUUGAAAAUUUUCGUGACAAAUGUGUCGAAAGUUAUGGUCUCGACCCCACACAUUACUAUACAUUACCGGGAUUCACGUGGGACGCUAUGCUUAAAUAUACACGCGUCAAUUUUGAGUUGCUCACCGACAUCGAUAUGGUAAUGUUUAUUGAGCGCGGUAUACGCGGAGGUCUGAGUCAAUGUUCCGGCAGAUACGCGCAGGCUAACAACAAGUACAUGCAGACGUACGACCCAUCGAAACCAUCGUCGUACCUCAUGUAUUUCGAUGUAAAUAAUUUGUACGGAUGGGCAAUGUGUCAGCCGCUGCCCUAUGGAGAAUUUCAAUGGGUCGAAGACGUCUCAAAUUUUGACGUAAAUGCGAUCGCUGUUGAUUCGCCCACAGGGUACAUUCUCGAAGUCGAUCUGGAGUAUCCGCAACAUCUGCACGAUCGACAUACUGACCUACCGUUCUGCCCGACGCGCGAUAAGCCGCCUGGCAAGCGAGAACGUAAACUUUUAGCGACCUUGCACGAUAAGAAGCGGUACGUCAUUCAUUAUCGCAACUUGCAGCAAUGCACUCGUCAUGGUCUCCGCAUAACACAAAUACAUCGUGUAUUACAAUUCGUUCAAUCCACCUGGCUUCGCGAUUAUAUCGAGUUAAACACACAAUUUCGUACCCUCGCGAAAAACGAUUUCGAGAAAAAUUUAUAUAAAUUGAUGAAUAACGCCGUAUUCGGAAAAACUAUGGAAAAUGUUCGCAAUCACGUAGAUGUAAAACUUUUGACAAAAUGGACAGGACGAUACAGUGCGGAGGCAAUGAUUGCUAAACCAAAUUUCCACAGUCGCAGUGUUUUUGCAGAAAAUUUAAUUGCAGUCGAACUCCGAAAACUUGAAGUGAAAUUCAACAAGCCGAUUUAUGUAGGUAUGUGUAUACUAGACAUAUCGAAAAUUUGUUUGUAUGAAUUUCACCACGAGUACAUGCUACCUUUGUACCAUGACAAAUCUAAAGUCAUGUACACAGAUACUGAUAGUCUCGUGUAUCACAUCGAGUGCGACGACGUAUAUGAAAAUAUAAGACGCGAUAUCACAAGGUUCGACACGAGCGAUUAUCCGACUGGUAACGCGUACGGUAUGCCUCUUGCGAACAAAAAAGUUCCCGGGCUAAUGAAGGACGAAAACAACGGUGCGAUAAUGACUGAGUUCGUUGGACUCAGGGCGAAAAUGUACGCGUUAAAGGUGGAUGGAAAAAAUGACACUAAAAAGGCAAAGGGUGUAAAGUGUAACGUUGUCGCAAGAACGAUAACAUUCGAUGACUACAUGCGGUGUCUGCGAGAUGAGAUAGAGAUGACGCGUCGUGUAUACGAUCUAAAUUGCAUGAGGUAUACACGAUACGUGAAACGAAAAUAG